GAAGGUUUGGUAUACACAUAAUUGGAAUGUCAUGCGAAAUAGAUGAAGAAAAAAAGAAAAACAAAAUAAACACCCAAAAAUAGCGUAACACUGUUGUCAUUUCAUUUAACUGAAAACAAAGGAACAUUUUGCAAGUGAACAGCAACGAAACGGGAUUUAAAGCGAAAGUGUUCGUUUUGAUAGAGUUUUUUGUUUGUUAAGAGUGAUAAGGGAGUCAAUUUAAAAACCAAAGAUACAGAAUGAACACUACAAACGACUGGCAGACGUCUUGUGCAAAAAUCAAACAUCGCGGUGCAUAUUUGUUCAAACAUGGAACGUGGGCAGACUGUCGAUUCCUCGUUGGCUCGGAGAACAACCAACAGAUUGUGUCGGGACACAAAUUAAUAUUGGCGAUGGCUAGCCCUGUUUUUGAUGCCAUGUUCAACGGCACAUUGCCAGAGAAGAAUGACCCCAUACCCAUUUGCGAUGUUCAGCCUGAGGCAUUCAUUGCACUAAUGGAAUAUAUUUACACUGACAGAAUCGAGAUAACAUCGAUGGACAAAGCAUGUGAGCUAUGCUAUGUUGCGAAAAAAUACAUGUUGCCAGUUGUUGUUCAACGAUGUACUGAGUUCCUGUGGUCCGAUCUUAAUUCGAAAAAUGUGUGCCGUGCAUUUGAAUUUGCCAAACUGUUUGAAGAGCCUGCUUUGGCUGAACGAUGUUUACAGAUCAUAUGUAGUCAAACCAACGAUGUAUUAUCUUCAUCGAGCUUCGAAGAUGUGGAAUUAUCUACAGUUCUAACGAUUCUUGACCAAGAUUGCUUACACAUCGACUCCGAAAUGGAUUUGUUCCUGGCAUUGGUUCGAUACGCUGAAAAACAUGGACAUGGAAAGCUUAUAUCCAAGGAAGAAGCAGAGAUGAUUGAUGUGGACGCAAAUGAAGGACCAUCUGAUCCACAGCCAAAUGCAGGGCCCACAUUUCGUGAUGCAUUGAAGAAAAUUCGCUUUCUCUUGAUGACACCCAAGCAAUUUGCAGAAAAUGUUCCGCGGACCAAUCUGUUAAGCACGACCGAAUCAUUUGCAAUUCUUAUGAAUAUUUCAAGCAACGACAUACACCCGAUGCCUGAAGGCUUCUCAACAAGCACCGAAUGUAGAUCGAUCUCUCAAACGCCACUUCAUAACAAUUCAAAUGCAUUAAACUAUUAUCACGAGAAUUCUUCGGAUGGGCAUCAGCUAUUUCCGUUGCCCUCAUCAUCAUCUCAUGCGGUGUAUAUGCCAAUUUCGAACGCCAAUUUGAACAAUUUUCAUGUUCGCACAAGAAAUGCAUCCAAUAAGUUUCGUGAACCGCAAGCGACGAGUCGCGAUAUGAUCAUAGAUGUAACGGAAACGCGUCGAUUCUAUUGCGUGAGACCAAUUAGAGAGCAAAUUGACUACUUCAAUACUAGCGUAUCUGAUUGCUCCCUCACGUUCACCGUCGAUCGUAACAUUUGCAUAACUGGCAUUCAAGUUUCCACUCAAGUGUUGGGCGAACAAAGUAUGCAAUCCGGAAAUCUGCCCGAAAGAUACUCGGAGCUCCUCUAUGCCCACUUGUUGGAUUCAUACGGAACACGAUUGACGUACACUCAUUGCACCUCAAAUGUACGCUUCGACUCAUUAUUGGAGAUUUCAUUUGACCAUCCCGUUCAAAUUCACCGCGAUCGAUUCUAUAAAAUCGGCGUUGCGUUCAAUAAGGUUGGAUGGUACCCAAUGUGCACAUGUGUACCCACCGUUACAUGCGAGGGAGUUUGCUUCGAUUUUCGUGUUGACGGACCAAACGGCGAAUCAUUGCGUGAUGGUUUGAUUCGAUCCAUCGUAUGGAGCCCCUAUGCACCACGAGGUGAACGUGACUGAGAUUCAUUUUACUCGGAUCAUUGCGCAAAAGUGCGUCGAAAGGAAUGAAAAUGAAAAUGUAUAUGUACUAUGACACGCACGCACGCACACACAGACUGACGCUGAUGCAAUGUUUGCUAUUUAAAAAGGAAAAUCAUCAAUCUCUAGUUAUUUGAAUUUCUCCUAUAAAUGUUCUUCUUGGUUUUGAAUUAGCGCUAAUCCACCCAUCACCUGUGGGUGGUCAAAAGCCAUCGCUUCAUUCAUUUAAUUGCAAUGAGAAAAUCAGACACAAAAAUCAAAAAUUUAUUUUCAUUAGGUUGACUCUAUUAACAUUCAUUUAUUAUCGUUUUAUUCGGAAAGCAAUAGUGAACAAAACUAUGCGAAUCUAAGCUAUUGUGAUAAUCAUAAUUUGUUUGCACUUAAAAUAAAAACGCUGUUUAUUAUGUCUAAA